UUCAGGCUCCGCCCCCAGGCGCGGCCGAGAGCCGCGAGGAAGGGCUUUUUACCGCACUCGCAGGCAGCGGUGGGAGAGGCGGUCGUGGCAAGAUGAGUGCAUGCUCAGACCCCGUGGUCAUCGUCUCGGCGGCGCGGACAAUCAUAGGCUCAUUCAAUGGUGCCUUAUCUACUGUGCCUGUCCAGGACCUGGGCUCAGCUGUCAUCAAAGAAGUCCUGAAAAGGGCCACAGUGGCUCCGGAAGAGGUUUCCGAAGUUAUAUUGGGACACGUUUUGACAGCAGGUUGUGGGCAAAAUCCUGCUCGACAAGCCAGUGUGGGUGCAGGGAUUCCAUACUGUGUUCCAGCGUGGAGCUGUCAGAUGGUCUGUGGGUCAGGCCUAAAAGCUGUGUGUCUUGCAGCUCAGUCCAUAGGGGUCGGUGACUCCAGCAUUGUGGUUGCAGGCGGCAUGGAAAGUAUGAGCAAGGCUCCUCAUUUGGUUCACUUAAGAACAGGAGUGAGAAUUGGUGAGAUGCCACUGACUGACAGUAUACUCUGUGAUGGUCUUACAGACGCAUUUCACAACUAUCACAUGGGUAUUACAGCUGAAAAUGUAGCCAAAAAAUGGCAAGUGAGUAGAGAAGAUCAGGACAAGGUUGCAGUUCUUUCCCAGAACAGGACAGAGAGUGCACAGAAAGCCGGCCAUUUUGACAAAGAGAUUGUACCAGUUUUUGUAUCUUCUAGAAAAGGUCUCACUGAGGUUAAAACAGAUGAGUUUCCUCGUCACGGGAGUAACCUUGAAGCCAUGUCCAAGCUAAAGCCGUAUUUUGUUACUGAUGGAACAGGAACCAUCACCCCAGCUAACGCUUCAGGAAUAAAUGACGGCGCAGCAGCAGUGGUUCUUAUGAAGAAGUCAGAAGCUGACAGUCGUGGGCUUACACCUUUAGCACAAAUUGUUUCUUGGUCACAAGUAGGUGUGGAGCCUUCCAUCAUGGGAACAGGACCAAUUCCAGCCAUAAAGCAAGCUGUUGCAAAAGCAGGCUGGUCCCUAGAAGAUGUUGAUCUAUUUGAAAUCAAUGAAGCCUUCGCAGCUGUCUCUGCUGCAAUAGCUAAAGAACUUGGAUUAAAGCCAGAGAAGGUCAACAUUGAAGGAGGGGCCAUUGCCUUGGGCCACCCUCUUGGAGCAUCUGGCUGUCGAAUUCUUGUGACCCUGUUACACACACUGGAGAGAACUGGUGGAACUCGUGGUGUUGCUGCCCUGUGUGUGGGAGGUGGCAUGGGAAUAGCAAUGUGUAUUCAGAGAGGAUGAAAUGCUUAACAGUAACCACAUUACUGAAACCAGAACCUCAUCUCUUUUUAAGCUAAUAAAUUACUAAAUUGUAAUUUGUGAAACGAGAGAACCAAAGUGAGGAUGAAAACCAUCUUCACAAAACUGACACUGAUAGCAUGCUGUACUUUAAUAUAUAAUACUCGAAAUACAGGACAUUGCGUCUAACGUUAUAAAUAAAAGUGAAAUCAGAUCAGUCAUCAAGGGCUCCAGAGUGAACAGCAUCUUCAUAACCUCCAUGUUUAUCAUCUUUACUUUCUGGAUGUAAUUUAAUAAGGUCAUCAAUCCGAAGAAUGGUAAUAGCAGCUUCUGUUGCAAAUUUCAGGCUCUUCACUUUAACUAUGGUUGGUUCAAACACCCCUGCUUGCUUGUUGUCUCGAGGUUUACCAUUGAUCAAAUCAAGACCAAUCCUACAGUUAAGGUGAAAAAAAUGAUUAGAUGAUUUCUUACAAGUUGGUUAGGUGGCCUGUUAAUUCAAAUUAUUCUAUUCAAAUAUUAGUCCUGAGAAAUGCUAGUGUCAAGUUUACACUAAUUAUGAAUUGGCACAGCAAUGUGCAACAUAGAAAAGUCCAAAUAUACACAGUGGUCCUGUAAGAUUAUUACUGCCUAUACCUUAUCAUAUUCUCAAGAUGACCAAUGAAAAGGAGAGAGAAACUAUAUGCUUACCAUUUUAGGUUUUUACGUUCUGGAUUAACUUGAGCCUCAUUAUGAAAAGCUCUUAACUUUGCAACCAGAUCUGUGGAGUCUUGGGCAGCAUUAACUGCCAGUGUAUUAGGAAUAACAAGAAGAGAUCUUGCAAACUCUGCAAUAGCAAGCUGUUCCCGAGAGCCCUGAAAGAGACCACAGCCACAAUUAAGACCCCAGAGAAAGCACAUUAAUAAAAUGCCAAGAUUACAGCCCCCCCAUGAAAAUAAACUCUUACCAUGCUGGUGGCAUAGUUUUCAAGGUAUAUGGAAAGGGCUGCUUCUACAGCACCCCCUCCAGGAACCACAGACUUCGACUCCAAAACUCUCUUCACCACACAAAGAGCAUCAUGUAAAGAGCGCUCCAUUUCAUCACACAUGAAAUCAUUUGCCCCCCGUAAAAUAAUUGAUGCAGACGUACGUGCCUUAGUACUAUUAAAAACAAAGUAAAACUGUUAAAAAUGGUAUUUUUAUAAAACAAAAGCUACAAAGAUUAAAUCCUGCUGACAAAGGACAUUUACCAAAUACUUUAUGUACCAAAAAUGUCUAGGGUUGGAAUGUAGCUCUGUUAGAGCAUUUUUCUAGCUUGCUGAAGGAUUUGGGGUUCAAUUCCUAGCACUGUAAACAGUGAAAAAACAAACUACCAAAAACAAUGUCUAGACCAUGCAGAAGAGAUGAAAAUGUGACUUCAUCUCAAUUUACCAUGGCCCAAUAUCGUUUUAUCCCAUGCGUAUAACUGCUCAUAUCACCAAGAGAUUAUAGCAGCAAAUAAAUGGGAAAGUUUUUUUUUGUUUUGUUUUUUUGCGGUGUUGGGGAUCGAAUCCAGGGCCUUGUGCUUGCAAGGCAAGCACUCUACCGACUGAGCUAUCUCCCCAGCCCGGGAAAGUUUUUAAUUCACAAAAUCUGUAUAGGUUUAAUUUGGAAAGUAGCUCUUACUUUUUGAUUAAGAUUAGUUCAUCAUCACAGAUUCUCUCCUGUACCACUUCUUCUGCU